CUCCCUCCUACUCGCGCCGAGAGUUUCACUCGCCUGCCUCUUGGGGCGCGCGCGCGCGCCUGGCUCGGUGUUUCGCUUUCUCUCUCUCCCUCUUCCUUUCCGUACAUGUGUGCGCCUACGGUGUGUUUUUUCUCUCGCUCGUGUGAAUCUCCGUCGGUGUGCCGUGCUAGUUCACUUGUGUGUGCGCGCGCGUACGUCUCUGUGAGUGCAAGUACAAUCCCACCGACGUAUUUUUCCCCCCAUUGGUGUGUGGCUGCGCGCCCGUACGUCCGCCAUUUUACAAGUCGCCAUUGAGAGGUUGAAAAACCCUCUACAAAAUGUUUUCUUCGAUCUGUAAAAAAAAAAAUCGUAAAUAAAAGUAUCCGAUGUGAUCUCGUCCGCGUUUGUAGACCUUCAUUCCGUGUCAUCUCUCGAAGAUCACUGUGCAACAGAGAACGCGUUCGAAGAAAAAUCACCGUCUCAAUAUUCUAGGGGAAGAAUAACGAAAAAAAAAAAGAAAAGGCAGUGCUUAACGGUACGUGGGCGUUUAAUAACACAUCGCAAAGUUGCCAACCUGUGUGCGCGUGUGUUUUUCUCUCAUGCCUACGUCGGUAGAGAAAAAGAUAGUGAGUGAGUGAACGUGAAAGAUAGAGCGAGAGAGAAAGAGAUCAUUACUGGUGAAUAUUAUUUUCAUUCCUUCCGAUCCCCUACUUCGGUGCCCCUCGCGCGCGCGCUCUCUCUCUCUCUUUCUCUCUUGGCAAGUGACACGAGUGUGAUAUUUCGAGGAUAAUAAUCAUCAAAACAUAUGUGAGAGUUGCUUCAUUUUUGUUUAUUCGAAAACAAAUUGAAGCUACGAAAAAAUACAAGUGAAAAAUAUCACCGAGCAACAAAACAACAAGUUGUACGCGCCGGAAUUGUGUGAGUAGCGGAAUAAACGACGAUGGAUAAUAAGCCAUGACGCACCCGUCCCAUCAGACGAACGGCGCCAGCUUGGAGGACUGCCACACGAAUUUCUUCGCGCUGACGGACCUCUGCGGCAUAAAAUGGAGGAAGCUCGUGUGGGGCGAGGUUACCGGGGGCUUUGGGGGUACCCCCCUUGAGGAUCCGGUACUGUCAAGCUUCUCGAGGUGUCUAGCCGGCGAUAUACUGUGCGUAUGGCGUCGCGUAGCAGCCUCACCCUCCUCCGCUAAUUCCGGACCAGGUAGCGGUGGGGGAGGCAUUUUCGAUCUUGGUAUAGCACCCUCACCUGCUCCACCGCCGUUGUCCCUCACCGCCGCGAAGGAGCUCUGGAUUUUUUGGUACGGCGAAGAACCAGAUCUCUCUGGACUCGUUUCGCCCGAGCUCAUCACGUGUGAAAGUGAACAAGGCUCCUGGGAGAGUGGUCUUUCGUACGAGUGUCGAUCCCUUCUGUUCAAGGCUCUCCAUAAUCUUAUCGAACGUUGCCUCCUGUCUAGAGAUUUCGUUAGACUUGGCAAGUGGUUUGUCCAGCCUUACGAUGGAUUCGAAAAACAUCGGUGCAGCAGCAGUCACCUGUCCUUCUCGUUCGCGUUUUUCGUGCAUGGGGAGAGCACUGUUUGUGCAAGUGUCGACGUCAGGCAACAUCCGGCCGUGCGACACCUCACGAGAACGUGUCUGCAACGAACCCAGACUACCCAGUCCGGUGUCAAGGUGAUCCUGGCACCAUACGGAUUGGCUGGAACCUUGACAGGACAAGUCGGACGCGUCGAUAGUCAACUGUUGGACGAAUGGAAACAUUUUUAUCCGAUAAAUGGUACGAAUAUGGAUAAUGGCUUGCCGCCGUUGGUUGAGGUCCUCGUUGGAGGUGUAAGAAUGCGUUAUCCUUCGUGUUACGUUCUCGUAACUGAUAUGGACGACGUACCAACGGAAAUGCCACUUUCACCGCCUUACAGUCCGGCUAGUUACGAAAAUCCGAACUCGACGCAACGCGAUUUAAAAGCAUCUACCGAACUACCCGAACGCGUUUGGGCCGAAUGCUCCCUUGGCUCUCCAAUUUCCGCUACUUCCAAGACCGAAACUUCCUCGAACUCCAUUGAACUCGGCACUUGGACAUUCGUCGAUUCAACACAAAAGUCUUCCUGUACUUGUUCCAAGUGCACGACCCCCGGGGGUUGGAAAGGCCUCGCCUCCUCUCACGUUCAGAGGGAGAGGGUUGAUAAAGGUGGACGGAGGGUCGUGCCUUUUCAUCGACGUUCUACCAUCCAGUGGGAUGCCUCUUGCCCCUCUGUCCCUGCCAAUGCCCCCAGGUCAAACGUCAGCAGAACGGAAGGAGCACCGAAUACACCACCCGGUGGGCCACCCUCGUACCCGAGAGGACCACCAACAGGCGGUGAUUGUCCCCCGGUGCCAUCGGUUGGUUCCCCGGGUUCACCGGCGCCAUCACCUCUUCCGACGCCCCAUUCCGAGCCGGCAUCGGUUCCUCCGGCUGAUCCAACGAUGCCAACGUUGUCACCUCAACCACCUCCGAGUCAUCCGAACACCGCACCACCGUUGACACCCUCGCAAGGACCCAAGUCCGUAGCUUCGUCGACAACGACUGCUUGCAACAACCAAGCACCGAGUCCAUUACCAUUGCCAACGUUGAAACGACCGAUCCUCGCAUCGAGAGAAUACGAGGGUGCUCUGCUCGAUGACGAGCAACCACUUUCGUGGCUCUACGAUUAUUCCACCCAGGAAGCUUGGCUCAAUCAUCCUGUAAAACGCUUCAAGGGCACAACCAAUCCACCACCCACCAAUCUACGUAGUAACAAUCUUUACCCACCCUCGAGCGUACAAACAAUGCAAUCACAGGCACCCAAAACCGACAUCAAACAAGAGCCAAACUCGAACAAUACUGGCGAAUGCAUGGGUGGCGGUAGAAACGAUCCUUACGAGUUCGACGCGACCGGGGAGGAAAACAGUAUCGGGGUCGAUGGUCUACGACGACAGAGGGACGAUCAACCAAAACCGGGCUCUUUGUUCACGAGCGAGGGACUUCAGGCCUCGUACAAGGAUCUCGAACAAAUAUUUGACAAUUCUGAUCCGGAUACUUCCAGCGACGAGACGAAUCUGAAUCAGCUGCAAGUUCAAACGCCACCGGGCUCCAAUAAAUCAGCUGGUGUGCACGAAGAGACGCGUCUCGAUUCAACGAACAAGCAUAACAACCGUGGGGUUGGUGUAUUACGUCCGGAAGAAUUAUCGAAAAUGUUUCCAACCCCACCAUCUCUUGAGCAUAAUCCUGUAGCAUCACCUUGUCAAUUGAAUGAUUCGACGAUGGAUCAGACCGAGUUGAGCAUGUCACAAAGAUCAUUAAGACACGUGCCUGAUAUUUAUCCUAACAUGGGCUCACCGCAAGAGGAAACAAUUGAGGAUUGGUCAUACGUUUUUAAACCAGCUUCGAUUUGUAAACUGGUCGGUUCCUCAAAGUACGCUCCAUUAACGAAUUUGCCAAGUCAAUCGUUGCCACCGGUAACAUUGCCUUCGCAUUGCGUGUACAGACCUUCCUGGCAGUGUAAUCAAACGACGAAUAAUACUAGUAACGAAAAAUCUUUGAUACAAACGACUCGAGCGUCUUCGGUCCAACAACAGCAGCAGCAACAACAACCACAAAAUCAACAAAAUUCACAAGCUCAGCCGUCUCAACAUAACCAGCAACAGACCCCGACACCGACUCAACCACAAAUCCAACAACCGCCAACCCCGAGCCAACAAAUUCCAAAUCAAACUCAACAAAUCGCGGCCCAAUCCCAGAAUUGUCCAUCGAGUCCGGCACAGCUUCCGUAUCGUGGCACUGGAACAAUCACGAGACCACCACCUCCACCUUACGACCAACCGAGCCCUGCGACCUCGACAUCCUCCUAUUUGAACAAAAAUCUAAACAGCAUUGAGGCUGAUACACCUGGCCCCGCAAGAAUUCCUGAAUCGAAUUCGUUGCUCGUCAAUAUUUUACUCGGUGACACCGCUCUCAAUAUAUUUCGCGAUCACAAUUUUGACAGCUGCAGUCUCUGUGUCUGCAAUGCCGGCCCCAAGGUCGUCGGUAACAUCAAAGGCGCCGAUGCCGGAAUUUAUCUCGCCGGCUCAUGGAACAAUACCGCGAAUAACGGUAACCUAGUUUUUCCCGACGAUGAUCAAAUACGUUGUAGUUGUGGAUUUAGCGCUGUCGUCAAUAGACGAUUAGCCCAUCGUGCUGGAUUAUUUUACGAAGAUGAAAUGGAAAUAACGGGCAUCGCUGAGGAUCCUGCCGAGAAGAAAAAAGCUUCUCUGGUCAGCGUCGUCUGCCCCGGAGACAAAUGUCCUGAAGGCUUAGAUCUCGUACCUUCGAGUGUUCUUGAAUUGCUACGUGAACAGUGUAUGAUCGUUCAGAGCUCUGCCAGCAGUCUUUACAGAGCUGCGAGGAUUUACGCGAGCUCCAAAAGUCGCAGUAGCUUUGUACCGAGCUUGAACAGCCUCGAAUUUAACGAUGGAAAUGAAGUUUCACUCGCGGCUCUCGAUCAAGGAAAAAUUGAUACUCUACAGUCUGACAGAAUGAAGAAUACCCUCGGCGUACAUCGUUGGGCCUUUCUCCGAGCUCAUGGACCACAAUGCACCGGCGAUAUCGUCCGCAUGAUGAGAGCUCUUCAACCUCUUCUUCAAGAAGCCGUACAGAAAAAGUGCACCACGCGAAUGUGGGAAGCUCCUUACACCGUCGCUGGACCACUAACCUGGAGACAAUUUCACAGACUCGCCGGACGCGGCACCGAUGAUAGAUGCGAACCACAACCCAUUCCCGCACUCGUUGUCGGUUACGAUCGUGAUUGGUUAUCACUCUCGCCUUAUGCUCUCAGCUAUUGGGAAAAAUUACUCCUUGAACCAUACGCCGGACCAAGAGACGUCGCUUAUGUCGUUCUCGCACCUGACAAUGAUUGCGUCGUCGGCAAAGUUAAAUCUUUCUUUCGGGAACUCUCCACGACGUAUGAGAUUUGUCGGUUAGGAAGACAUACACCAAUCUCGAAAACAGCGCGCGACGGUAUUUUGCGGGUCGGUAAAAACAGCGUUCAGAAAGUAACGAAACAACCGAUUGACGACUGGUUCAAACUUCUUGGUGAUAAUCAAAUAGGAGAAUUACUGCGAUUAUACGCGCAGGUGUGCAAUCAUCGUUUAGCCCCGUAUUUGACACAAGUUAUUCAAGAUCGCAGCUUAUUGGAUCAUGGGGAAUCCGCAACUAAACAACAACCGACCCCUGUUUCGGCUGCUGAUUCGAUGCCGCCUACGCCGGAUGGCACGACGAUCAAGACCGAACCUAAUGAAGGUGAAACGACUCGCAGUGAGACACCAUCAUCGAACGCUACACCGAACGCCAAUUCUUCGAUGGGCAAUACGACACCGACGCCACAAACACCCACUUCUGCAAGUUCAACACCACCGACGGGCCAGAACAGUUCUGGGACGACAACUCCACCAACGACGACGACCAAUAUCGGACCCGACGAAGAAGAGGUUGAACCACCUGCCAUUGUCGUUUAUAUGGUCGAACCAUUUUCCUUGGGUGGAGCAGAAGAUCCUGAUCGUCGACGUCUCGCCAUUCUCGCACUUUUACGAGCUUAUUCCGCUGCCGUCAAUAGCAUGCCCGAAAAUAUUCGAUCAAACAUCAACGUUCAGUUGAUAUCGUUGGAGAGCAUAAUGGAAUUGGGACGAGCGCGCGAGAGGCGAAAGAUUCAAGACGAAAUGAGAGCGUUGGCCUUGAACGUUUUUCUACAAGGUCGACGACUCUUAAAUCAUAAUUCGACCGUCAAGAGUCUAACGGGUUUCGGAACAGCAGCUGCAGCUGAUCUAUUUCUCAAGAGUAAAGACGAACGGAACAAAGCACCCUACAGACUUUAUGCACCAGCUUAUGUUCUCGCACCCCUGAGAUCGAAGAGCGAAGCACCUGAGAGUUUUGGUAUCGCCGGACCCGAGGAAUGCGCCGUACUUUAUUUGAGCUACUGUCUCAGCGAAGAUCAAUCGAGAUUGUUGGCCGUUGCAACCGAUGAUCGGGGUGAAAUUUUCGAAACUGCUACCAUCAACAUCGACGUGCCCAACCGAAAGAGAAGAAAAAGGGCGUCUGCGAGACGCGUUGGUUUACAAAAACUUAUGGAUUUCAUAUUAGGCGUCAUGUCUCAAGGUGUUCAACCAUGGCGACUCGUGGUGGGUCGUGUUGGUCGCGUAGGCCACGGUGAAUUAAAAGGCUGGAGCUGGUUAUUGUCUCGCAAAGCCUUAUUGAAAGCGUCGAAACACUUGAAAGAAAUUUGCGGGCAGUGCAGUUUGCUCUAUCCUACCGCAGCUCCCUGUGUUCUUAGUGCUUGUCUCGUUUCCCUCGAGCCGGACUCGACCCUACGAUUAAUGGCCGAUCAAUUCACACCUGAUGAAAGAUUCAGUCAUGCGUCUGUUAAUUGUCAGCUGUCGACGCCACAGGAUGUUACUUGCACUCACAUACUCGUCUUCCCUACUUCUGCAACGACCCAGUCGUCGCAGACCGCGUUUCAGGAACAACAUAUAAACGGUCCUGAGCUCGGUGACGAUGAGCUCUUUUCCGCUUUGAAUGACGAUAUGCCUGAGGGCAUGGAAGGAAUGGGCGAUUUCAAUGAUAUAUUCAAUGUAUGGCCCGAAGCCGGUGCUGGCGGUGGUCAAAGCCCUGGUGGCAGUCCUCACAGACCCGAAGGUUCGCCGUUAGGUGGUGAUGGUGGUGGUUCCGGUAUUGGUAAUCACGAUGGACCAGGCAGUCCAUUUCCAUGCAGCAAUACGCCAAGGGGCGCAGUCGCGGAUCAAGCUGAAGAAGUUGGCACUCUUCUCCAACAACCUCUUGCCCUUGGAUAUUUGGUCUCGACCGCACCAACGGGUCGUAUGCCACCGUGGUUUUGGGCUGCUUGUCCACAUCUUGAGGGUGUUUGUCCUGCAUUUUUGAAAAACGCACUACAUCUACACAGUCCUGCUAUACAGCAGAAUAGCGAUGAUCUUCUUCAACAACAAAGCGCAUUGACUGCUCAUCCAUUGGAUUCGCAAUAUACCACCGAUGUCUUAAGAUACGUGCUAGAAGGGUACAACGCGUUGUCUUGGCUCGCGGUUGAUGCAAAUACGAAGGAUCGUCUCUCCUGUUUGCCGGUUCACGUGCAAGCACUCAUGCAACUAUAUCACGCGGCUGCUGCCCUCGUCUGACCCACACCCUCAUCCCUUGUAGCGCAAUGCGCCAAUCUCUCUCACCAAAUUAUUAUCAUUAUGAGAAUCGGGAGCUUUGCGAGCGCAAUUUCAUUCCAAGUUGCCCAACAACUUUUUUUCGUCCACUGGUGGAAAACUACUUUUUCUAGUUUUUCUUAUCCUGUCCCUUCCCUCACUUGCCCUCAACCAACUGCGUUUACACUCAUGAAAGUAUGACGCGGUGAGACUCAAUUGCCGAAUGAUGGAGCUGUUGAUCAAAGGAUACAAAAAAAUGUUGUCGGUCGUGAAUCAGCGUUCGAUGAGAAUAAUUAACCGGUCCAAGAUUUCAAAAGGGCGUAAGUCGCGAUGAAACGCUUGGAAUUAUAUAAUCGACUUCAGUUUUUUCUCUAACGAUGGAUAUUUAACGAAUGCAGCCCAAAUUCGCGUUAUUUAUUGCAACGAAUGGGAUUUACGUCCGUCAUCUUGAAAAGUUGCAACUUGUUAGUAAGGUUUCGGUUUAGUUGGAAGGAAAAAGUGUUAAAAACGUGGCCGUCGUGAAUAACGUGUUCUAUGGAGUUACAAAGAUGGCUCGCCGAGGGCAUAAUGUAGAUGUAAUAGAAGAAACACACACAUACGUAAAGUGAUAUGUAAUCAACGUUAUUUUAUUUUUCGGGCAGUCGCUAUUCGCGGUUUAAAUGAUUAAGUUCGUGAGCUGAGAAACGAGGGAACAACGAGUGUUCGCUGCUCUGAAAAUUUUUAAAUUAAAUUUAUCGUUCGGUUGGUUUGCGAGUUGCCACGUGAUGGCUGAAUCGAUCGAAUGAAACAUGUGAUCGUCGUAAUAUUCCAUUCCGCAGAAAAUAACGAUUGUCCGGCAGGUGAAAAGACGUUGAUCGCAUGAAAAAAAAAAAUAAAAAUAAAACACGUAACGCAAAGCGAAUGACGUUAUUUUGUUUUCCAACCGUUGACAUUUGUUCGACGACCUUGAAAAAAUGGCGGAUCAUUGAGAACCAAGAUUCGCACCCGUCAGCUUGAAAAGUCGCAUUUUCGGCCAUAAGGGUGGUGCGAGAUAAUCCGUGUUUCAAAUUCCCUAAUCGCGAAGAGGAGGAACAAAUUUUUCGACUGCAAACAAUGUUCUCGAAUCCUCAUUUUUCUGGCCUUUAUCGCAUCUGGCAAUUGAAUUGCAACUGUAUUUUUCUGUCGCACAAUUGGCCAAGAAUUUGUGGGAAAAAUUAUAUAAAAUUUUAUUUUGAAAGCCACAAUUGCCGGGGUAGUUACGAUCAAGGUGCAAAUUCACUGAGCACACCGGGAGUUGAAACGAGAAGCGAUCAAAAAACGAAAUGAAAAUAUACUUUGCCUCUCGGGUCGAUUUUAGAUAGUUCAAUUGAAAGAAGAAAAAUAAAAUGGAAUUUGAUGGGAAAAGAAUAAUCAGAAUCUCUAGGGAAUGGUUGCGUAUCCAAAUGUUUUUUAAUUAUAAAUUGAACUUUGUACAAAGCUUUUACUUAUUGCCAGCGACGAAGUAAUAUAAUGAUAUUACGUUGUUUUUUAAUUUUAUAUAGAUGAAUAUAGCGUGAGUAGAUUAAAGGAAGAAAAAAAAACAAACAAGACAAAAUGAAUGAGAAUGAAAAGAAGAGCGCCAACCAAUUUUCGGCGCUCAGAAAUACACGGCCCAUAAUAUAUAUAUAUACAUUUCUUUCGUUCUUUAUUUUUUAAAUUUUACUCAUUUGCCUCGUUAAAGCCCCUGGUGUGAAAUCUUAAGUGCGACGAUUAUAAUUACAAAACUCGCGGUCAUGGGUCCCUGUUAUCACGUUUCCUAGACCCGCAGACCGUGAGCCUCGAUGAACAAACCAGCAACAAAAAAAAACAAAUUUUAUUCGAAUUAGGUGACAUUCUAUAUUAUACAUACAUCGUAGUGUAAAGAAAAACAAGCAAAAAAAUGUAAAACUUGUUUUCAAGAAUAAUUUAUGAAGUGGAGACAUCGCCGAGAUUAGGAAAAUGAUUGUAAGUCGAAUGGUUAAAGAAAAAUAAUAAUAAUUAAUAACCAGAAAAGAUCGAAAAAUGUGUAAGAGAAAAGAAAAUUCCCCUGCACCUUUGGAAAAUAAUAGAAAUGGGAUAAAACUUCUCAAAUCGAGAGCCAUCGUGGCGAGGAAGAACGAAAAUGGAAAGGAAAAAAAAUUGCGUCAGUCGCAUAGUACAAAUAUGACUUGUACAUAGGAAACCCCGUUAUCCCCUCCCUGCCCUUUCCCUCAUUAAUUGGUUAAUUUACUUACCUCCCACACACUCACUCUGUAUCUAUAGUAUUUAUUACUUGGGUAGAACGUCAUUAUUGGGAUUAUUAUUAUUAUUAUUAUUAUAUUAAUAUUACGAAAUACAGUUUUAUGUGUAUAUAUAUUA